GUAUUUUAGGCCAACCUUUUAAUGUUCGUGAAAGGGACGGGUCAGGUUGGAAGAGUAAAUAGUAAAUAAUAAUUUAAAAAAAUAUAUCUUUUUCAUACAUUGAUGGUGUUUUAUAUUUCUUCGGCUUUACCUCGCCAUAGGGAGCAUUUGCAGUAACAUCGAAAAAUGCAAACACAAUCUUUUGAAUUUGAGUGUAACGUAAACUUGUGACGGCGCCUCAUUAAUUCACUCCUUUUUGGCUGGAUUAAAGGAAGUACACUCACACAUGCAGAAUCCAAGAAAUCCAGAGCUCUCAUUUCUGACGUGUGUGCGUGCGUGUGCGUGCAUGCUUUUGUGUGUGAGAGUGUGUGUGUGCGUGUGUGUGUGUGUGAGUGUGUGUGUGCGUGUGUGUGUGUGUGUGUGUGUGUGUGAGGCACGCCGAGCAGGAAGGCGUAUCCGGGGCUGAGGCUUGCUGGUGGGUUGCCAGGUCAGAGGUGAAGGGUCGUGGGUGUGUGGGCGGUUGGAGCAGCGGGCCAGACAGCAGGCUUGCUGCCGAGCAUAAACAACCCGCCCUGCUCCGUAGGAUGGGCUGUUUUUGUAUUUGAUCCAGGGAUACCAUUGUUCUCCCUGUUCUGUUUCUCUGUAUCUGAUUGGCUGUGGAGUGCGCCGUGUUCCUGAGGGAUCCACCGAGCGCUACACGCGCUGGAUCAACUCUAUCACCCCGGAGCAGCUCCUCACUCAGGUGUACACCUCUCACGGACCCACGGUGAUCAUGCCCACGUGGUUCUGCUCCAGAGACUGGUUCUGCCAAGUGGGACCCUUCGACGAGGGAGGCAAGGGGGUCCCGGAGGACCUGCUCUUCUUCUACCAGAGCCUCCGUCAGGGGGGAGGCGUGGCCAGGGUGGAGCAGUGCAUGCUGGUCUAUCGCUACCACGAGCAAGCCGCAACGCACUCUGUGCUUGAGGAAACUAUUUGGAAGUUGCGCGUGGACUUCUUACAGGAGCGGGUCCUCAGCCAAUGGGAAAGCUUCACCAUAUGGAAUGCUGGGAAGCAGGGACGGAAGCUCUACCGAAGCCUUAGCCCGGCCAAUCAGAAGAAGGUGAGGGCUUUCUGUGACGUGGAUGAGAACAAGAUCCAAAAGGGCUUCUACACUUAUCAGGACUCCAAGGAAAGGCCGAAGCCCAGGAUCCCAGUUCUGCAUUACAGAGAAGCCUCUUCGCCAUUCAUCAUAUGCGUGAAAUUGGACAUGACAGAGGGUGUGUUGGAGAAUAACCUGAAGAGUCUGCAGCUGACUGAAGGAGUGGACUAUUACCAUUUUAACUGAGAACCCGGCCAACUACUGUAGCCCUGGCAGAGACCACAGUGCAGUACUGUAGCCCUGGCAGAGACCACAGUGCAGUACUGUAGCCCUGGCAGAGACCACAGUGCAGUACUGUAGCCCUGGCAGAGA